UGAGUUUAAAAGUUUUAUAAAAAACAAAUUCCCUUAAAAAAAAAUUAAGAGGAAGCUGGUGACGGACCGUGGCAAACAAGAAUGGAGGAGAUCGUUAUUGCAGUUUUAGCGAAAAUCACAGAGUACACUGUUCGACCAGUUGGACGGUGGCUAAGUUAUUCAUGUCACUACAAGAGCAACAUGGAGUAUCUGAAGAAUCAGGAAAUGACGCUGCGGGAUGCUCAGAAAGAGGUUGAACGCAAGGUUAAAACUGCUUCAGAUAACGGCGAUCAAAUUAAAGAUAAUGUAGAAACGUGGUUGAAAAAGGUGGAUGAUAUUAUCAAGAAACUUGGUGGAGGUGAAGAAGAAGCGGAAUCGAGGAACUCUAAUCCGUCAUGCCUGAACUUGAAGCAACGACAUCAGAUGAGCCGGGAAGCAAAGGAGAUGGUGGAUAAUAUUGCUGAACUUCUUAAAAUGGCAAACUUCAUCAGCGGCGUUUCCCAUCGUCCUGCUGCGCAAGAUAGGGUGACUCCAAUAAACAUGGAUUACAUGACCUUGGAUUCGAGGAUAUCAAUUACGAAGAGAAUUAUGGAGGCAUUGGGAGAUGCUAAUAUUAACAAGAUCGGCGUGUGGGGGUUGCCUGGAGUUGGAAAGAGUACACUGAUGAAAGAAAUUUUCAGGAAAGCCAAGGAAGAAAGCUUAUUCGAUGAGGUGGCUCUGGCAAAUGUGACGGAAAGCCCAAACCUAAGUCAAAUUCAAGAAGAAAUUGCAAACAUGCUAGAUCUAAAGCUUGAUCCUAAUUGUAAAACUGAAAUGGUAAGAGCAGGCCAUCUACGGGCGAGGUUAGAAAAAGACAAGGAGAAGAAGAUACUUGUUAUCUUGGAUGAUAUAUGGAAGCGACUUGAUUUGGAGGAAAUAGGAAUUAUUCCUUCUGAAAGAUGCAAAGUACUACUCACAUCUAGAGAUCGACAUGUACUAGCUUCUGAGAUGGGCACCGAAGAGAACAGCUUUAACCUCGACACUUUAGGAGGAGAAGAAGCAUGGAUCUUAUUUGAAAAGAUGGCGGGUGAUUCUGUCAAAGGUGAUCUUGAAUUGCGAAACAUAGCAAUUGAGGUAGCUAAUGCGUGUCGAGGUCUUCCUAUUGCACUUGUAACAGUUUCUAGGGCAUUAAAGAAUAAGAAAUUGGAAGCCUGGAAGGAUGCCCUUGUGAAACUAACAAGACCCAAUCAAGAACAUGACACAAAAAUAUGGUUACCUGUAUAUACUUGUAUAAAGCUGAGCUAUCAACUUCUUGUUGGUACAGAGCUCCGAUCCCUAUUUUUGCUUUGUGCUCGACAAGGGUACUACAUUUCCUAUCAGGACUUGUUGAGAUAUGGUUUCGGUCUGGGUUUAUUCCAUGGCAUUGAUACAUUGGAUGAAGCAAGAAAUAGACUAGAAACUUCAGUUAGAGAUCUCCAAGAUGCUUGUUUGCUACUACAAAGUCCAUGUAGCUCCGAGGAAUUUUACAUGCAUGAUCUUGUUCGUCAUGUCGCUACAAUAAUUGCAAAAAAUGAUAAUAUGUUUGUCAUGAGAGGCGAUGGUGGGCAAAAAGCAUGGCCAGAUGUGGAUUUACUAAAAAGAUGUGAGGCGCUCUCUAUUCAUGGUGGAGAUCAUAUCCAUGAUAAAAAUCUCAAUGAAAUAGAAUGUCCUAAAUUAAGAUACUUUUAUGUCCAGUGUGAAUCUCGAUAUUUGAAAACCCGAAGCAGUUCCUUCCAAGGGAUGGACAAGCUCGAAGUUCUGAGUUUGAGAAAUAUACAACUUUCAUCACUUUUGCCACUUACAAACCUACAAACAUUGUGUCUAGAUGGAUGUGAGUUGGGAGAUAUUCAUUGGAUUGGAGAACUCAAGACUUUAGUAAUUCUUAGUCUUGCUGGUUCUGACAUUUCAAACUUGCCAGGAGAAAUAGGGUCAUUGACUAGUUUGCGGUUAUUGGAUUUGACCGAUUGUUCCAAACUUAAAGUGAUUCCUCCUAAUGUCUUGUCAAGCUUGGUCAAGUUAGAAGAAUUGUAUAUGCGAAACAUCAAAGUCCAAUGGGAGGUUGAAGGACCCAAUAAUGAAGGAAAAAAUGCUAGCCUUGUAGAGCUAAAAAAAUUGUCACACUUGAUCACCUUAGAGAUAGAUAUUAAAGAUGCCAACAAUCUACCGAAAGAUUUGUUUUCUAAAGAGCUUGAGAGAUACAAGAUCUGCAUUGGACAUAUGAGGGGUCUAUAUUUCUGGUAUCGUGGGGAGGAGGCCGGCUUCUCAAGAUCGUUACAUUUCAAACUGAAUAUGAGCAGCUCCCAAUUGGACUUUGGGAUCAAAAUGCUACUAAAGAGGACAGAAUAUCUUUAUCUAGACGAGUCGAACAGUACUAAUAGUGUCUUGCAUGAAUUAGAUAGAGAAGAUUUUCAACAACUGAAGCGUCUCCAUAUCUUACGUAGUUGGCAUCUCCCUGAGUUGAGGACAUCCUUAAAAAACUUGAAAGUUUUAAUCGUGCAUAACUGUGAGAAAUUAAGAUUUAUCUUCUCAUCAUCGAUAGCCAGAGGCCUUUCACUACUUGAAGAAUUGAAGAUAAGAAGAUGCAGCAACGUGGGAGCAAUAUUCAUGAAAGAUGAAGAAGACAGAAUAGAAGAGGUGUUCUGUCGACUGCAAACCUUGGUGCUAAUGGAUCUUCCAAAGCUCAUGAGCUUCUUAAGCACAAGAGAAACCAAUUCGGAAGGCAACGACCAUGAUCUUCAGGUGCCGCUUCUACAUCAUCAGCUUUCCUUUCCUAGUUUGAAAACCCUGCAGCUGGCAGGUCUGCCCAGAAUAAAGCAUGUUUGGAGUAAAGAAAUCUUCAGGUUUCCAAAUCUACUUAAAUUACAUGUUGCCAGAUGUGAGAAUUUGAAAAGUUUGUUUCCAGCAGCCACAAUGGCUACAAGUCUAACGCAAUUAAAGUCUCUCGAGAUAAGAGAUUGUGGGGUACUGGAGGAAAUUGUCCAGAGAGAAGACGGGACGGAUCCAACAACGAGGAUUUUAUUCACUAGCCUAACUUCGCUAAGCCUUGAUGGGUUGCCAAAACUUAAGUGGUUUUUCCAAGGGGUGCGUACUUUGGAAUCGUCGUCAUCUAAGGAAUUACAUGAGCAAGGAGGCACACUUUUCGGGGUUAAUGAGGUUGCCUUUCCUAAAUUGACAAAUUUGCUUCUAAGGAAUCUACCCAAAAUAAAGCAUGUAUGUAGUAAAGACCCCCAAACAAUUCUCAGGUUUCAGAAUCUACAAAGAAUUCAUGUUUCAAAAUGUGCGAGUCUUAAUAGUUUGUUUCUAGCCUCGAUCGGUACUUGUCUUAAGCAAUUGAAGCAAAUUAGAAUUAGUGAUUGUGGGGUACUGGAGGAAAUUGUUGAGGCUGAAGGAGGAGAAACAGUGGGAAGGAUGUUGGUGUUCGAGUUCCCUCAAGUAACUUCUUUGGUUCUUGAAAAUUUACCGAGACUUGAGUGUUUUUACAAGGGACUGAAUAUUUCAAAUUGGCCGAUGCUAAAAAAGAUGUCGAUUGAAGAAUGCGAGAAAGUUGAGGUACUAUUUGCUUUAGGAACAAUUGAAGAGAGGCAGUAUUCUCAGAUGUCAAUUAAACAACCCCUUUUCUGGGUGGAUAAGAGGCUAGUCCAGAGCUUGGAGAUAUUGAAAAUUUCUAAAAUGGAAAAGUUGGAAAUUAUAUGGAAUAUCAAGGACUCCCAUCAACGCUAUAUGUACAAAUUUCCAAAUCUACUUCAUAUUGAUGUUUCAUUGUGUGAGAGUUUGAAAAGUUUGUUUCCAGUAGCCUCGGUUGCUAGAAGUCUCGAGAAAUUGCAGUCUCUCAUAAUAACAGGUUGUGGGGUAUUAGAGGAAAUUGUUGAGAGAGAAGAUGGGACAGAUCCAACAACGAGACUUUUAUUCCCCAGCCUAAUUUGUCUAGGACUUUAUGGGUUACCAAAACUCAAGUGGUUUUUUCAAGGGGUGCAUACUUUGGAAUCGUCGUCGUCCAAAGAAUUGCACGAGCAGGAAGGCACUCUUUUUGUGGUUGAAGAGGUUGAAUUCCCUAGUUUGAAACUACUGGAUCUGUAUGGUCUACCCAAAAUAAAGCAUGUAUGGAGUAAAGACUCUCAAACAAUUCCUAGCUUUCAAAAUCUACAAGUAAUAAUUGUUGGGAAAUGUGUGAGUCUGAAAAGUUUGUUUCCAGCCUCGAUUGUUAAAUGUCUCGAGCAAUUGGAGAAAAUUAAGAUUUAUGACUGUGGGGUGGAGGAAAUUGUUGCGGCUGAAGAAGGAGAAGCAGUAGAAAUGACGUUGGUGUUCCCUCAAGUAACUUCUCUAUGUCUUGAAAAUUUAGAGAGCCUCGAGGGAGUGCAUGAUUCAAAAUGGUCGAAGCUGAAAGAGAUGCGGAUUCUUGAAUGCGAGAAAGUUAAGCUCUUAUUCCCGAGCUUGGUGAUGGAUAAGUUGGAAAUUAUGAGCCAGAAUGUCACUAUUCAAAAAUUGUGGGGUUCUUGUUAUGCAAGGUGUUUGCAUGCCAUGGAAUCUUAUCGGCUUAGAAGUGAUUUAAUGAAAAAUUACAUAUUAUGGAAUGAUAAGAAGAUGUUUACACGCCAAAUCGUGAGGAGUAUUAAGGCUCACCAUCAAUCUGCUCCAGCGAAUUCCACCUCACAACAGGAUUCUAACAAACACAACUCCAAGGCCGCAGCUGCUCUAACAAACUCUUCAUAAAUGAAUAUUGCAGAUGAUUCUAGAAGGCUCGCACAGUGCUGAGGUGUCAAUCAUGAGUGUGUAAUCUUGGUUGAGAAUUGUCUAUAAAUAUCAAGUGUCAUUAGACUAUUGUCUUCAAGGAAUCUGUAGCCUUUCAAUUGUAUUCGUGAAAUGAAUUCAACUCUGUGAAACAUUUUU